AUGAAGAAUACUGGUACCAGUACAAACACUGCACCUAAUAUAUCCAGACCUAGUGAAGUCUUUUAUAAUAAACUAACACCAGCAUUAAAAGAUAAGGGAAUAGAUACAUUAGAUAAUCGUAAAGAAUGGCCUCUAAAUAUCCUAGUUAAAGUUUUACAAGAGUUAAUGGAAGAAACACCUGCUGAUCUGUUAGCUAGGGAGUUAUGGUGUUCUAGUACUGGAGCUAGUGAAUGGUGGUUGAUGACAAAAACCUACUCUAGAUCAGUGGCUGUCAUGUCUAUGAUAGGUUAUAUCAUUGGUCUAGGUGAUAGACAUUUAGAUAAUGUAUUGGUAGAUCUAGCUACAGGAGAGGUGGUCCAUAUUGAUUAUAAUGUAUGUUUUGAGAAAGGGAAAGGCUUGAGAGUACCUGAACGUGUUCCAUUCAGAAUGACACCCAAUAUACAAACAGCACUUGGUUUAACAGGUGUAGAGAGUAUGCAGAGUUUAUCAAGUGAAGAAAGUUUAGUAUUAGCUAGUGAAGAGAAAUAUUUUCAACAUGAAGAGAGUAUAGCUCAGAGAUUACGCUGGGCAGCUGGAGCUAAUCCUAAUCUUAAUCUCAUACUCAUACAAUUUGAAGAGACUAGUCAACAUAGAAAGACAAUGUUAGCGGAAGAAAGAAAGAGAUGUACAGAUAUUAUUAAUUGGUGUCAAGGUAUAUUACAUUUUGAAGCAUCGAGAACAAGAACAUCAGAGGCUAUUUCUUCUGAUAAUAACUUUCAUACAUUGAUCAAGAGGUGUAUGGAAUGUUGUGUUUUAAUGGAAACAUGUAAUAGUUAUGUAACACCACUUGAAUUACAACUAGUUGAGAAAAAGCCACUAAAGAAAGAUGGUAAAGUUGAUAAUAAAUGGUUAGAAGAAUGUUUAGAAGUUAUUGAUGUUUCUACCACUGAGAAUAAAACUAAACAUGAUAAAAUGUUAGCACAGUUUAAAACACAGAAAAUAUCUUGUCAAGAUAAAGUGAAUGAUAUUAAAGCUAUAUUAAGUAGUCAUCAUAAAUUGAUGUCAGAUAUUAGAUCAAUUCUAAAAUCACUGGCCAAGCAAGAAGAGACAGAAUAUGGUGAAGUUAUUACAGAGGGUGGUAUUAGACAAUAUCUAGUACAAUAUAAGACAUUCUCUGAGAGUUUAUCACUGGUAUUAAAAGGUAUUAUACAAGAUGAGGAGGAUAGAGAGAAUAUGAAACAAUCUAGAGUUGUGAUGACUGAAUUAUUGACAGAAAUACCCCAGAUAUAUGACAAUUUGAUUGAUUUAGCUCCACCAUUGAUAACUUUGGUUGAUAAAGAUAUAUGUGAGUUUAUUUUAAGAUUUUUGUUUAAAUGUGUUGGUUCUGUCUGCAUAGCUACUAAGAAGAUAAAAGAAAGUGAUGGUGUAGCAAGUCCAGGUAGAAAGCCUUCUUCAUUCUAUAAAGAUACAGUAGCAUCAACCCCACCCAACAGUUCUCAAAAUAUACCUUCUAAACUACAGAGUACCCCUGUUGUAAAGAAAGAUAAAAUUGCCAGAGAUCCCAGGACAGGAAAAGCUAUACAAGAAAGAAAUACGUAUGCAGUAGGUGUAUGGAGAAGAGUUAAGAUGAAAUUAGAUGGUAGAGAUCCUGAUAUUAAUAAACGUCUAUCAGUAGCUGAACAGGUAUAUACAAAUUAUUAUCAGUUUAGAAACAGUUAUUUAAGGUUGAUUAUGUUAUAA